GGGCACGGGUACAGCGGAGGCAAGCCCAGGCACUGGGUGAUGAUAAGAGAGAUUGUAUCUCUGGACAUGCUGGUCUCAAUGGGUGAGGUCACCGCAUGUGUGGGAGGUGGGACAAAGGAGGUAUCAUUGCAAACCAAAACAAUGAUAACUAGCCUGAACAACAGUAUACAAGACAUAUUGAUAUUUGAGAGAGACAUACAGUAAGGCAUAAAGUAAUUGCAGAUCUUGAUUGGGAGAGCUAGCUAAAACAACAGGUGAGAUAACAGCAGCUAGUCAGCUAACACAGCAACAGCAGGUAAAAUGGCGAUGACUAGGCAGAGAGGGUCGGAUUAACUACACACAGAGCCUGAGUUAAAACACAGAGCCGACAGAUAAAACACAAAUAAACAGAAUGGAGUACCGUGAAUUAAUGGACAGUCCAGCAGGCAUCAGCUAUGUAGCCAAGUGAUCAUAGUGUCCGGGGGGGCAGCCGUAGAUGGAGCAGGGAAGCCGCCACUACGCUAGCACGCGGCGUUUAAAGUUAGUAGCCCGGGGGUGGUCUGCUCAGACGGAGCCCGGUUGAGGGCACAGCGGAUGAGGUAUUCGUCGGCAGACCAGACGUGGUGGUGCGGCGGGGGGCCGUGUCGACAGAGAAUCCAAGCCAGAUGGCGAAAGAGGUAUUGUAGAAUUUUGUUUGCUAACUGGUGCUAGCUUCGUGGCAGUGGCACUAGCUGCAAGCUAGCUGUGAGGAUCAGAAGUAGUGGCUCAGGGAUUACGAAAGGAAUCUGGCGUUGUUGUGAAGAGACAGUCCGAUGCUGGUAAAUUGGUGAGUAAUAUCCAGGCUAAUAACAGGGCUGGUGUCUGUGCAGAAGGUAAAAGAUGCUAGCAGUGGCUAAAAAUGACUAAAUAGCUUGUAGCUGAUUAGCUGGUUAGCUACUGGGGGUUCUUGAAUGUGUUCCAAAGUUAAAAAGUUAAAAAAUAAUAGCGAUUCCGUAUCACAUUGGGUGAGGUAGGUUACCGGAAGGUAAAAUUGAAUUAAAAAUCGAAAAGAGAUAGAAAAAAAUAAUAUAUAUAUACAAAAAAUACAAAAGUACACGAGAGGACGAAACAGAACACGCCUACACUGCUUACGCCAUCUUGGAUUCAAGUCAGCCAUAUCAUCUAUGUUUUUUUAAGGCAGUAAAUGAGGCUGAAUGGACUGUUUCGCUGCCAAACAAGGCUCCGCUCAUAGCCAGUUGUAGCAGUGGGAAGAUGUUGGGACUGCUGUUGGGACAGAUUUAUGUAGGCCGUUUGUGAUCACAGUUUGUCACCGUUAAACGGCAAUUAAUGUAUUGUUUAGUGUUGUGUUGUGUAGUGGCUUUACUGGCAUGCAUACCACUUUUUGCCCCACCAAGAUUCACAUGUUAAAAUCACCACUGACACACACAAAACACAUACAAACAAAUUAGAAGGUAACCUGGUAGCCAAAAUCAUCCCCACACUUUGAAUCAGAACAUACAUUGUUAAUUCAGAAAAUAUUGUGGAAAGUCAGUUGGUUAACAUAACAAAUAUUAUCUCUGUCUACACCCUCCUCUUCCCUCCCUCCCUCACCCUCCAUCUCUGAGCAAGUGGAGCGUUGCGCUGCGCUUUGAUGUGGUGCUCUUGCGCACCCAAUGUUCACAGACUAUAGUGGGCGUGGUGUUGGAAAUGGAGAUGGCGUCACCGGCAACGUGUUAUGUGUGUACAUAGUAGCAAGAUUACAACGAGCCUGUGACAGAAGAGACACACAAAUCUGACACUUACAGCAGGAUCAGGAACCGCUGCGAAUUCAAACCCUGAAGAAGAGACAUCAAAUAUUUUGGACCAAGAGGAGCUGACAAGGUGCUACAAAGAAAAAGGGAUUCUGACAUGCACUGGCAGAAAUCACCGAAGGAGAAGCCGUGUUACACUCUUCCCACAGUGAAGAAACUCCUGGAGCAGAAGAGGAAGAGGGAAACCUCCUCGACGGCAACAACCAGUACCGGUGUCUCCACUGCCACUGUCCUCUCCCAACAGGUGUCAACACCAGAGAAGUCUACCUCAACAAGUGUAGCCAGCAGCUACUCAGAUAUGGCAGUGGGGUAUGAGAGAUGGGGUCCUAUGGAUGAGCACCAAGCCCUCUCGGCCAUACAGGAAGGUCCAUUCUCCCCUAUGGGGAACAAUUACUUCUCCAGCCCAUCCUCCUCAAUGGACUACAGCCAUACUCCGGCCUACGGCCCUCAGAUGGCCUCCAGCUACAACACACAGCAGAUUCAGGACUACCCAGACACCAGGAUGCCUCAGCAUUAUACGGAGUGUCCAGUGACCGAGGCUGUGUCUAGUUUGGUUCCUUCUGGGCCCCUGCAGACCGCUGUCUUCCCCUGGUCGUCGGGGGCCCUGGGCCCCACAGAACCUGUCCAGCAGGUGUUUAGUGGCCAGAUGGAUGUCACUAAGCUGGAGGAAGCCAGGAUGUUCCUCAGAGGGAUGGACUACAGCAGAACCACCUGGCAGGAUGACGACGGAGACACGAUUCUGCAUAUUUAUACAGCCAAAGGCCUGAGGGAGUAUGCAUUCGCUGCAGCAGAGAGGCUUGCUGAGCUGGGAAGGCUAGACUCCAAGGAACACAAGGGGAAGACUGCUUUGCUGGUGGCGGUGACUGCUAACCAUCCGGAAAUCGUCCAGGAUCUGCUGUCUUUAGGGGCGGAUAUAAAUGCCUGUGAUGUCAAAGGUCAAACAGCACUUCAUCUUGCUGCCACCUAUGGCUUCCCCAGGGUUAUGCAGGUUAUUCUCUCCAUUGGGCCUGGAGUGAACCUGGAGGCUCGCAAUUUUGAAGGUCUGACUCCUCUGCACUGUGCAGCCAUCUCCCACAGUGGCACCGUGAAGACUCUCUCCUCCCUCUCCUCCACAGGGCUGGGUGAUGCCAGCCUCCAUGCUCUAGCAGAGGAGAAGCUCUCCUGGCUGCAGAUGCUACUCAACACCGGAGCCUCCCUGACCAGCCAGGAAAUCAAAAGUAACAAGACUGUUCUUCACCUGGCUGUGAAGGAGGGGAACAUCCAGCUGGUUCGCCAUCUGCUGAAGACCCCCCUAGACAACAUGAGGGACUUUGUCAACAUGAAGGCCCACGGUCAUACCGCACUGCACAUGGCUGCUGGUCUCCAUGGCAGCCCACACCAGGAGGAGAUGCUGAGGCUGCUGCUGAGCAGAGGGGCCGACCCCAGAAUCCGCAACCUGGAGAACGAUCAGCCUGCACACCUGCUGCAGAGUGGACCCCACGGGGAACAGCUCAAGCUCAUCCUGAAGAAGCGAAGUGCUUCCUCUCGUCGACGUGUAAUGUCCUUACAGGACCAAGAGUGACCCGGACUACUUUUUAUGUCCCUGUGUAUCCCUCCACCUCUUUUCAGAGGAAGUACUGAAGGUCUGUACUGUAGGUUGAAUCCAGACAUCUGUACUUCCAACAGGGAGGGAUUCUAGCGUAUCUUCAUGUGAGGAUUUUCAAACACUGCGAAUCUCUAUAUAGAGCAUUCACUUUGAAACUAUAUGUGUGAUUGACAUGAUUUUGGUCCCUAUCUGAAUUCAGUUAGCAAUGACGUUUAUGUAUUUUUCUAGCUUAAUGGGCGGCUAUUGUUUUUGUUUAAUGGAUAGCCAGCAAUGAGCAGUGGUAACAGGUGGUAUUCCAGUCCCCCCUGACAUUACUGUCACUCAGUACAACCUUGAUUUCUAUGAAAUCGUUUACAUUAUAUUCAAAGACUUCCCAGACUCAUUGUGUGAGUACCCUCCCAGCCGGGAAGCCCUCCUUAGAGGUAUAUCUGAGGAGGGUUUCUGGGCUACCACCCCCACUCAUUCUCUUGUCAAAACUUCCCACCAUGGUCAGAAAUCAUAUUGGUUUGUUGAAAGGUGGUUGUUGUUUCACUAAGCAUGUAACACAGUGUACCAUUGUGCGCAUGCUUUCAAUGUCUUUUAUAACUUAACUAGGUAUUUUCUUUUUAUAUUUGAUAUAUUCACAGCACUCAUUGAAUAGCUAAUAUUUUGUCAUUGGUGGAAAAAGUACUCAAAAGUCAUACUUGAGUAAAAGUAAAGAUACCUUAAUAGAAAAUGACUCAACUAAAAGUGAAAGUCACCCAGUAAAAUAUUACUUCAGUAAAAGUGUAAAAGUAUUUGGUUUUAAAUAUACUUAAGUACCAUAAGUAAAUAGAAUUGCUGAAAUGUACUUAAGUAUCAAAAGUAAAAGUAUUCAUAUUUUCAAAUCCUUAUAUAUAUAUUUUUAAUUUACAGAUAGCCAGGGGCACACUACAACACUCAUUUGUGUUAAGUGAGUCCGCCAGAUCAGAGGCAAUAGGGAUGACCAGGGAUGUUCUUUUGAUACGUGCGUGAAUUGGACCAUUUCCCUGUCAAAAUGUAACAAGUACGUUUGGUUGUCAGAGAUAAUGUAUGGAGUAAAAAGUACAUUAUUUUCUUUAGGAAUGAAGUAAAGUAAAAGUAAAAGUAGUCAAAAAUAUGAAUAGUAAAGUAAAGUACAGAUACCCCAAAAAACGUAGUACUUUAAAGUAGUUUUACUUUAAGUACUUUACACCCUGUAUAUUGUCUCAUUCAUACUAUGACUUAUGGAAAGAACAUUUUACAUUUACUGUGUAAAGGGAAUAUGUUGAUAUUGACCACACAUGCUAUAUAAUAUUAUAUAACAUAUCAACAGUGUAUACAAUGUAGUACCAUUAGUAUUUAUUUCUUAAAGGGCAUUAUAGGAGGAGUAUUUCAGUUAUGACUCGUUUCACCUUAAAGUAAUCAGGUAUUUUCAAACAUGACUCAUGAUUGAAAAUACCACAACAUGUUUUGUUGUGACAAGAAAACAUCCAUCACUUACUCAUAUACCUUUUAUGACUGUUUAAAAAAAAAAAUCUCCAAUGAGGUAGCAUGCAUGUGCCCUUUGAAAUAUUGUUGUAGUGAAUAUGCUACUUCAUCAUUGUAAGUGGCAUAGAAAAUACAAUAAAAUAAAACAUCUCAUUGUAGAUAUGACACAACAUUUCCCCAGACUUGAAUGUGAUUUCCUCUAGUUUUGGAACCUGGGCAGUCUUAGUCUAGGAACAUACAGAGAUGUCUUUAUGUGUUCCUAGGUCUAAAUCAUAGGUGAGUUAACAUGAAGGAGAAUAACUAAUGUUAUCGUUCAAAAAUGGUACUAGAGAAUCUGGUGAUUUUGGCUGCUUGGGUCUACUUUGACAGUUUGUAACAGUGUAAAACUGCUGUUACUUUUCACUGAAUGUAUCCUUCUGAUUAACUGAAUUGCCUAAACUUUACGCUGGAAUUAAAUCUGUUCUUCAAAUAUCUCUAUUUGUUAUCUAUUUAAUACUCUAUUUUAAUCCACAUGUAUGUAUUGAUAAAGGUUCAGAUCAAAAGAUAUGGGAAAUAACUGUAAACAAUAAAUCAAAUAAGACCAUU